AUCUAGGACGAUGUCGACAACAAGCAGUGCCCAGAGUUUGGAUGACGCCAGGAGAAAGACGAAAAAGAAUUCUUCUGUGCGAUCUCUUAGAGAGGAGAAACGCUACAGGUGUGAGGAGUGCAACAAGCAGUUUCGUGAGUUGGGUGCUCUGAAGAAACAUAUGCGGACUCACACAGGGGAGAAACCGUACAGGUGUGAGGAGUGCAGCAGGCAGUUUGGUCGGCAAGAUAGUCUGAAAAGACAUGUGCGGACUCACACAGGUGACAAACCUUACAGGUGUGAGGAGUGCAGCAGGCAGUUCAGUCGGAUGAGUCAUCUUGAGGAACACAUGCGGACUCACACAGGGGAGAAACCCUACAGGUGUGAGGAGUGCAGCAGGCAGUUUAGUCGGCUGGCUACUCUUAAGAGUCACAUACGGACUCACACAGGGGAGAAACCCUACAAGUGUGAGGAGUGUAGCAGGCAGUUCAGUGAGUGGAGAGAUCUGAAGAGACACAUGCGAACUCACACAGGGGAGAAGCCCUACAAGUGUGAGGAGUGCACCAAGCAGUUCAGUCAGCUGGGGAAUCUGAAGGCUCACAUGCGGACUCACACAGGGGAGAAACCCCAACGGUGUGAGGAGUGCAGCAGGCAGUUUAGUCAGCUGAGUGAUCUGAAGAAACACAUGCGGACUCACACAGGCGAGAAACCCUACAGGUGUGAGGAGUGUACCAGGCAGUUCACUCGGCUGGAUAGUCUGAAGAAACACAUGGAAACUCACACAACAGAACGUGUACAAGUGUGAGGAGUUAAGCAAGUAUUUCAGUCAGCUUGGUCGUACGAGACACAAACUGACUUACACAGGUGACAAACAGGUGUGAGGAGUACUAAUGAAGCCAGCAGGUGGGGAAGUGAAUCAGAUCUGACAGUUUAGUCAGCAGUUGAACCUGAAAAGUUACAUGCACAGACACGUUGUCAGUAAAGCCAGUUUACUUCGUGUUUUUGAAUCGCCAGCCUUUUUUGAUCCCUUGUAAUUAUAUAAAUAGUGAAGUUCAGUUACCCAUUUUAUUCUAGAAUUAGUUUCCAAGCUGGUAGUGUUGUUGGAUGUGUAUCAUGUUCAAGUUCAUUUCCUGUUUUGUAACUUCUAUGAUGGAAUAUUGUAGAUCUUUUUUCAUUGUUUCGUAACAAACUAGAAGUCAACUACAACUAGCGCGUUUUUGCAUCUUUAUUGACAUAUUUAUAUACUUAGCAAGGAAAAAAGUAGGGUUUUGUUUCUAACAUAUUGUUGAAUGAGCAUCGUGUUUGAAUUUAAUUCCUAUAAGUUGACUUUUACGAUGGUAAAUUCAUGUUUCUUUGUUUUGAUUAUUUUGUAGCAAACUUACUAAUAGAACUUAACAUUGUUUUUGUACCUUAUUGACAUAUUUACCGUUGCAAGUUAAUGUCUUAAAGGUAAAGAGUACCUCCUUUACGAUUGAACUUGCAAGCUGAGAUGAUAA